GAAAUUACCCGACAGUCAACAUGCCUUCUUUCCGCCACUUCCUUCACACGCAGCUAGUGCUCAAGAUUCCAGAGCCCACUGCCUCCUUUGCCUCGAAGACUGCCAUCGUUACCGGCGCGAAUGGAGGUUUCGGCCGUGAGAUCAUCAAGCACCUUAUCCGCCUCGAGGCCAGCAAGAUCAUUUGCGCUUGCCGCAGCGUGUCCAAGGGCGAGGAGGUAAAGCGAGAGAUUGAGGCCGUCUCAAAAUGCAACCCCGAUAUAAUCGAAGUUUGGCCGCUUGAUCUCGAAUCUCCCUCCUCCAUCAAAGCUUUCGUUGAGCGGGCCAAUGCCCUCUCUCGAUUGGAUGUCCUCAUCAAUCUCGCGGGCGUUUUGUGUGUGAAUUUCAGCAUCGUCUAUGACACUGAGCGCACGAUGGCUGUGAAUGCCAUUGGCACGUUUUUACUUGCGGUCCAGAUGAUUCCCAAGCUUAAAGAGACGGCGCGGAAGUACAGUGUGACGCCGCAUAUGACUUUUGUGGCGUCUGCUCUAUACGAUGUGGCCAAAUACCCUGAGGACCCGGGAGACGAUAUCUUCGCUUACUUCAAGGACGAAAAGAACUUCGCCGCACAGAACCAGUCAGUAGCUUUUCGCCUAAUAAGUACCAAAUGUGCCUUGAUAAUCCCUUCUGCUAAUGGAGAAAUAGAUAUAACCUCUCGAAACUAUUCCAGCUCUACGCGGCUAUCAAACUCAGCGCCCUUGUCCAUCCCCUUAAUACGAAAGAUACGACCCCCAUCGUAA